GGGUGACGGCGGGUUGGGGGCGCUCCGAGUUGGGGAGAGGGGACUCCUGCUGCUUGGCAGGGCCUUAGAGAAACGGACCGCGGCAGUGGAGAUGGCCGAGCCCGGCUGGAAGUGGCCCGCGCAACCCCGCUCGCGAACUUCUGCUCUUGUUUCUGAAGGACCUGGGUUGAUGCAAAUCGACCCAGCAGGCAGUGACUCAGAACUCGGCAAGCAAGAUGGAGCACUACCGGAAAGCUGGCUCUGCAGAGCUCCCAGCACCUUCCCCAAUGCCUCAGCUACCUCCUGAUACCCUGGAGAUGCGUGUUCGAGAUGGCAGCAAAAUUCGAAACCUGCUGGGGCUGGCACUAGGUCGGUUGGAGGCCGGCAGUGCUCGGCAUGUGGUGUUCUCAGGUUCUGGCCGAGCUGCAGGGAAAGCUGUCAGCUGUGCUGAGAUUGUCAAGCGGCGCAUCCCAGGCCUGCACCAGCUCACCAAACUGCAUUUCCUGCAGACUGAGGACAGCUGGGUUCCAGCCUCACCUGACACAGGCCUAGACCCCCUCACAGUACGCCGCCAUGUGCCUGCAGUGUGGGUACUCCUCAGCCGUGACCCCUUGGACCCCAGUGAGUGUGGUUACCAGCCCCCAGGGGCACCCCCUGGCCUGGGCUCUGUGCCCAACUCCAGCUGUGGCUCCCGACUCCGAAGAAGGCCUCGAGAUAAUCGGUCCUGAAGACCUCCUGAGCUAAGCUGAAUAUCUAGGGUGACUGUGCCUUUUCCGGGAGCUGAACAUCCCCAACAAAGCCUGGGUCCACAGAACUCCUGCUCCCCUGUAACUCUGGCAUACAGGAAGGGACUACAGUACUGUGAAGAAUAACAGGUGUGGAGCCUCUGCUGAGUUCUGGAUUGCUUGAGAAGGCUUUGGUCUCCCUUCUACAUACAGUACAUCUGAUCUGCCUUCUGACAGGCUUAGGAAAAGAGUUAGGGAAUAAAAGUUAUACCAUUUGUCUGAUGA